AAAGGAAAACCCAAAAAGAAAUUAGAGAUCCCUAUAAAUACCUGCGAGUAUUCGCAUCUCCAGCGAAGAAGAAGAAGCCAGAGAGAGAGAGAGAGAGAGAGAGAUGCAUCUCUACAAUGCUUGGUUGCCGCCGUCGGUGGCGGAGGAGACGAAGAGGGAGGCUGAGUCCUUCACCGCCGCGGUGAGAUCCGUCCGCUGCUUGUGGCGCCCUGAUGAUGCCGACUCUGUCUAUGCUACUCUCAAAUGGAUCUCCGUUCUUGAACUUUUCAUUAAAGCGAAAAGUGAAGUUUCUUUGGUUGAUGUAAAGAAGCUCGUGGAAUUUGGCUUCGAACUGUUUUAUGUGUCGCAAGAUAAACUUUAUGCUCAGGUUAGAUGGGGAAGUUUCUUGGUUAAACUUUUGAGGAAGUAUGGGAAGAAGUUGGCAUUGACCGUCCCAUGGAGACCGCUAUAUGAAACUUUGAUGUGCACUCACUUCAAGAGAAGCACAGGUCCUGAAGGGUGGAGAUUAAGGCAACGUCAUUUCGAGACAGUGACAUCCCUUGUUCGUUCGUGCCGGAAGUUCUUCCCUGCAGGUUCUGCAUCUGAAAUAUGGUCUGAGUUCAGGGCUUUAAUGGAAAAUCCCUGGCAUAACUCUUCGUUUGAAGGUUCUGGAUUCAUAAGACUAUUUCUUCCAAUGAACUCUGAGAAUCAUGAUUAUUUCACAAGUGAUUGGAUAAAAGAGUGUCUUGGUCUGUGGGACCUGGUACCAAAUUGCCAAUUUUGGGAUAUUCAGUGGGCUUUUGUUUUUGCCCGUUGUAUAAAGAACUGCAAGUCAAUUGACUGGGAGCCUUUUCUGCCAAUCCUCUUUUCUCGGUAUUUGAAUAUGUUUGAGGUACCGGUAUCAAAUGCCAAUGGAUCUUAUCCUUUUCCUUUAGAAGUUCAUAGAAAUACAAGGUUUUUGUUUUCCAGCAAAAUGGGUUCUCCGGCCAAGGCAAUAGCAAAAUCGAUUGUCCAAUUGUUGAAGCCUGGCAGUCUAGCACAAGAAAACUUUGAGAGAUUGGCUAAUCUAUUAGAGCAAUAUUACCACCCAUCAAAUGGUGGCCGCUGGUCAUACUCCUUAGAGCGGUUCUUGCGCCACUUAGUAAUCGCCUUCCAGAAACGUCUUCAACAAGAACAAGUAGCUACCGACGCUAACAGACAACCUGAAUUUCGUUUGGGGAAACUAGAAAGAUCUUCUUUUGUGAGAACGGUGCUUAAAUUAAUUGACCGUGGUCAAUAUAGCAAAAAUGAUUCCCUUGCUGAGACAGUUGCAGUUGCAACUUCAAUGUUGGCAUAUGUGGAACCCACUUUGGUUCUUCCUUUUAUUGCAUCUCGAUUUCAUUUGGCCUUGGAGACGAUGACAGCUACCCACCAAUUGAAAUCUGCUGUCACAUCUGUCGCAUUUGCUGGCCGUGCUCUCCUUCUUGCUUCUGUUUCUGAACCUAUUCAAACUGAUGAUCUUGGUGCCACGGAUAUCUCCAUGGAUCUCUUAAGAAUAUCACUGUCAAAUGCUCUCUUCGGCAUGGAUGCAAAUGAUCCCCCCAAGACCUUAGCAACCAUGCAACUAAUUAGUUCCAUAUUUUCUAAUUUAGCUAAGGUGGGUGCUAGUGAAGAGGGGCCUGCAUUCCUACAGAGCUUUAGUUUUUCAGAAUGGCUUGAUGAGUUCUUUUGCAAUUUAUUUUCUCUACUUCAGCAUUUGGAACCUAGUAGUGUCAUAAAUGAGGGUAUCCAAACUUCAGUGACAUCAGGAACUUUUCUUGUCGAGGACAGUCCUUACUACUUUUGCAUGUUGGAAAUCUUACUUGGAAAACUAUCCAAACCAUUACUCAAUCAGUCAUUGAGGAAAAUAUCAAAGUUUAUCAGCAGAAGUGUUCUUCCAGGAGCAACUGCUGAGGUUGGGCUGCUUUGUUGUGCUUGUGUUUGUUCUAAUCCAGAAGAGGCAGCUGCCCACCUUAUCAAACCAAUCCUAAUGUCUAUAAACUCUUCUUUAAAAGGAACACCAGUUACUGGUUUUGGUGGAAGAGGUGCUUCUGAAGUAUCAUUUUCGAGAAAGUCAACACUUUCUCCAGCUUUAGAAACAUCUGUUGAGUACCAUUUAAAGAUAUUAGCAAUUGCCAUCAGCUAUGGGGGCCCUGCACUGAUCCAGUACAAAGAUGAACUGAAGGAGGCAAUUGCAUCUGCAUUUCAAGCCCCUUCUUGGAAGGUCAAUGGAGCUGGUGAUCAUGUUCUUCGCUCUCUCCUUGGUAGUCUUGUCCUGUAUUACCCUAUUGACCAGUAUAGGCCAUUUACAUUUCAGCCUGGUGCCUCUGUCCUGGAAGAAUGGGGUUGCUCAAAAAGCAAGGACAAUGUAAAGAAUGAACAGGCCAAUCUUCUUCCUAAAUGGCAUAUUCCUGCUCCUGAGGAACUCUUCUUUGCAAACGAGCUCUUGGAUCUCCAUCUAGUAUCUGCAUUGGAUGAUUUGCUUAGAAUUUGCCAAAACAAAAUCCACACUGACACAGGAGAUGAGAAGGAACACUUAAAAGUGACACUGUUGCGCAUAUACUCUUCAUUACAAGGUGUUAUGUCAUGCUUGCCUGAUAUGCGUCCAACAUGUAAAAAUAAGGGGGAAAGAGACUUGGAUGGCAGUUAUUUUUUCAUUGCCGGAGCAGUUGGUUCAUCUGUUGGUAGUUCAGAGCUGAGAGAAAAGGCUGCUGAAGACAUUCAUGUAGCUUGCAAGUAUUUACUGAAAGAAAGAUCUGAUGAUAGUGUCCUUUUGAUGCUUAUCAUUCGUAUUAUGGAUGCUUUAGGAAAUUUUGGAAACUUGGAGUAUGAGGAAUGGUCAAAUCACAUUCAAGCAUGGAAGUUGGAAUCUGCUGCAAUUAUUGAGCCACCAUGUAACUUUAUUAUAUCAUCCCAUGCCCCGGGAAAGAGAAGACCUAGGUGGGCGCUCAUUGAUAAAGCUUAUAUGCACAAUCUGUGGAGAUGCUCACAGCAAGCAUAUCAUAAAUUCCGAACCGAUUCCAGUUUGUCUCCAUCAGGACACGUGAUCAUUCUGAUGGAUGAUCUACUAGAUCUAUCUUUACACAAUUAUGAAACUGUUCGCUCACUUGCUGGAAGAUCCCUUUCAAUGAUGCUGAAAAGGUGGCCAUCUUUGACUGCCAAUUGUGUUCUUAGAUUCACUGGAAAUCUUUGUGAUCCAAAAUCACCUGAGCAUGUUAUACUUGGCUCUUGCGCAAUUCUUGCAUCUCAAAAUGUUCUCCGGCAUCUUACAACGGAUGCGGCUUCAUUCUCAUCCUUUGUCACUGGCCUUCUUGCUAGCUCCCAUCAUGAAUCACUCAAGGCUCAGAAAGCUAUUACUGAGCUAUUUGUCAAGUACAAUAUUCACUUCUCUGGAAUCUCAAGGAGUUUUUUCAAAAGUUUAGAUGGCCAAACAAAUGGGUCUGGGUUUUCAAAUUUGAUUUCUCAGAUCAGUUCAUUGAGCUUUGACACAAAUGGCUUGCAUUGGCGGUACAAUCUGAUGGCAAAUAGGGUCCUGCUUUUGUUGACUUUGUCUUCUAGAACCCAUUCAAAUUUGCCAUCUAACGUUAUAGAAGAGACUGCUGCUCAUUUUUUAAGAAAUUUAAAAAGUCAAUUGCCCCAAUCAAGAAUGCUUGCGAUAUCUGCUCUGAACACUCUAUUACAAGGAGCUCCUCAUAAAAAUAAAAGCUUGGGCCUAGAAAAAAAUCUUUCAGCUGACAAUCUCCAAGUAAAUUCCAACUCUUCUCUUGGAGGAAUUUUGAGUCAAAUAUAUAAAGAGGAGGGGUUUUUCAGUGAGACAUUGAACAGUCUGUCUCAUGUGCAUAUAAUUUCUGAUACAGAUAGCACAUCUAAAGGGAAUCAUGGGUCUUCAUCCUUUCAGAGCCUGGCGGAUAAGGCCAUUACCUUUUUCUAUUUUGACUUUUCAGCUUCAUGGCCACGAACACCAAGUUGGAUAUCUUUGUUAGGAGGUGAUACUUUUUACUCCAAUUUUGCAAGAAUAUUUAAACGGUUGGCGCAAGAAUGCGGAACCCCAAUUUUACAGGAGCUUCAAAGCACACUAGCAGAAUUUUCAUGUGCAAAAGAGAGGUCAAAACAAUGUGUGGCUGCUGAAGUCUUGGCUGGAAUACUUCAUUCUGAUAUUAAUGGGCUUUUAGAAGCAUGGGAUAGUUGGAUAGUGCUUUAUUUUCAAAAGAUCAUUGGAGCUCCAUCUGUAGAAUCAAUACCUGAAUGGGCAGCAUGUAUACGUUAUGCAGUUACGGGGAAAGGAAAAAAUGGCACAGGAGUUCCUCUUCUUCGGCAGAGAAUUUUAGAUUGUUUAGAAAAACCAUUGUCACAAACUUUAACAACAAAUGUUGUGACUAAGAGGUAUGCAUUCCUGUCUGUUGUGCUUAUUGAGAUCUCUCCUCAAAGGAUGCCCACAGAGGAGCUAGAAUUUCAUUACAGACUUAUGGAUGAAUUAUUGGAUAAUCUAAGUCAUCCAUCUGCCCAGGUGAGGGAAGUUAUUGGCAUAACACUUUCUGUGCUAUGUUCAAACUUGAGGCUCUCUGCAACUUUUGGUCAAACACAUUCAAUAAAUUAUGGAGACAGUCGCAUGGUUGAGUCACCUCAAAGGGAUGAUUGGGCUACUGUUCUGACUGAUAGAGCUUCUGAAUUGGCAAUGAAUAUCCAAAGUAUGGAGUCUCUGGCAGACAUGGCUGAUGAAAAUGGUUCUAUCAACAUGGAAGCCCAAGCUGAUGUCAGGAGAAUGGAGACGUUGUUCCAUUUUAUUAUUUCGUCACUGAAGUCUGGAAGGUCUUCAUAUUUGUUGGACAUAAUAGUUGGGCUUCUUUACCCUGUCAUCUCCUUGCAAGAGACAUCGAGUAAAGACUUGACUACAUUGGCUAAGGCAGCUUUUGAAUUACUUAAAUGGAGAAUUCUAUCCCGCCCUUUGUUAGAAAAGGCUGUUUCCGUGAUCCUUUCUUCCGCCAAUGAUCCUAACUGGCAUACUAGAUUUGCAUCUCUCACCUAUCUCCGUACCUUUAUGUACAGGCAUACUUUCACUCUCUCAAAUUCAGAGAAACAACAAAUUUGGAAAAAUAUUGAGAACCUCCUCGUGGACAGCCAAGUGGAGGUAAGGGAACAUGCUGCCGGGGUUCUUGCAAGCCUGAUGAAGGGUGGAGAUGAAUGGUUGUCUAGUGACUUUCGUGUUAGAGCAUAUGCAGUAGCUCAAUCAAUUCAGAAUAAACGAAGGCAAAGAAAUAGAGGUUCUGGUCAACCUGUGGCUUCCGUACAUGGUGCAGUUCUUGCUUUGGCUGCUUCAGUGCUGUCAGUUCCCUAUGAUAUGCCAAGUUGGCUACCUGAGCAUGUCACAUUGCUAGCACGGUUCAUCAACGAACCAUCCCCGGUGAAAUCGACAGUCACAAAAGCAGUUGCGGAGUUCAGGCGAACUCAUGCAGAUACUUGGAACCUACAGAAGGAGUCAUUCACUGAAGAGCAACUGGAGGUUUUGGCAGAUACAUCAUCAUCGUCUUCAUACUUUGCGUGAGAAGGACUAUUGUCAGUUACAAACAAAAUUUUAGAGGAAAUAGGCAAUAAUUUGUUGAUUUAAUUUGCUACAGGAAUACCCAAAAAAAAAAAAAUGUGGGGCCUAUUCUUCUUUCAUAAACAAAGGCCACCCUUUGUUGUAUCAACCAUUUGUUCUAUAUUAUAAAACUUAAUAAUGAUUGAUGACAA